CGCUGGAAAUUUUUUAUAUGUUGGAUUGUUUUUUUUUUGCAUUGUUUUUUCAUAUCACAGUGAUUGUAGUAUUUUUUGGCAGGUUUCAGCGCAGACAGUAGAGAUCUGUGCUUGACGAUUGUGGGCUGUGUAAAUAGUGUUUGGGUCAAAGUUUAGCUCCCUGGCCAAAGUUUGUUGCAUUUUUGUUGGACAAGAGAAGGUAAGCUUCAAACUUUUUCUGGAGAAUCUGUUUUUGAUUAAGGUCUGGUUUGAGGAAAUAAUAAUAAGCUGCGAAAUGUGACCUCCUGCUCUCUAUGUUCCUAUUAUGCUAUAACUACUUUGGAUUUAGGUAUUUAUUUGAUGUAAUUAGUUUUUGUUUUCCUUUAAAAAAAAAUCCUUCUUGUAUUAGUUAUUUUUGACAGCUUGUUUUUCUAUAUUAAAUAUGUUUUUUUGUUUCCCCUUUGAAAUGUAUGUAUUUUUUCUUCAAAACUAAAACGUGCAUUCAAACCCAAAGAGCUGGUUUUGUUUUCAAGCUGGUUGUCUUCAGAGGCUUAUGAGGAUUUGUUUUGUGGCAAUUAAACUACAUCUCUGCUCCAAUGUGCAGUUUUUUACGAAUUUCCUUUUGUUGCUGUUGCUGUGUGCCACGGAGAAGAGGCAAAAUGAAAGCGCUCCCGCUUGGGGAUUUGUGUGUCUAAUUGUGAGAGUGGCCCCAGAAAAGGGAAAAAGGGUGAUGGGAGUUUGUGCCAGAUAACUGGGACAAAAAAAAUAAAUAAAAAAAGCUCCCUCAAUGGCUGAAUAGGAUCUGUACCCUGUAGUGGCAAACUUGCUUUGAAGGCUGGGAAAUGACUUGCAAGAAGCAAAGGUCUACAUUUACUCUUGGAGAAUCUGAGGUAAAAUUCUUCUUCGUUCAAAUAAUGGCAGAUGUUUUCUAAAUAUCAUUUCCCAGAAAUCUUCAGCUUUACACUUUUGAUAGCUACAGUCUUUUGAAACUUGACCUCUGAUAUUUUUUUUCUACAUCAAUUAAUCUUUGAGUUGCAUUGUUUGAUAAACGUUAAAUAAGGAGCUGGCGAUCAGUUUCCUCUGUUUCUCAACAGUAACAGGAGCUAAAUUUGUAACUCGUUCUUUAUAGGUUACAAAUUAUAGGUUGGAGUGAUAUGCUUAAUUGGUUUAAAAUCUGAGUUCCAGCUGCCGAAAACCUGAUUUAAUAAAACUGACCAUAGUAAGAGUUUAGACUGCUUUAUUCAAAGUCUGCAUGUUGUCAGGUUUUAUCACAAAAAUCUCAGCAGAAUGAGGGACCUGAGGAGAGCCUUCCAGUUCAUCCUCAGAAGAGAAGUGAGGCUCUAUCAAAACACUGCGAGGAGCAAAGACUUCCACUUCAACGUUCAUCCGUCUGUGUCUCAGGCUGUGGCACAAAACAAGCCGGUGGUUGCACUGGAGAGUACAAUUAUCACCCAUGGCAUGCCCUACCCACACAACCUGAGCACCGCAAAGGAGGUUGAGGCCAUUGUGCGAGCCGAAGGAGCCACUCCUGCCACGAUCGGCGUCGUCGACGGCGAAAUCUGGGUCGGAUUGUCGUCAAACGAGCUCGACCGUCUCGCUCGAUCCAAAAGCCCCCUGAAGGUGUCUCGACGGGAUCUGCCUUACGCUGUCAGCAAAGGUCUCUCUGGGGGAACAACGGUCUCUGCCACAAUAAUUGCAGCACACAGAGCUGGGAUCCCUGUUUUCGUCACGGGAGGCAUCGGAGGAGUUCACAGAGAUGGACAGAACAGUCUGGACAUCAGUGCAGAUCUAACAGAGCUUGGCAGAACUCCCGUCGCCGUCGUCUCUGCUGGGGUCAAGUCUAUCCUGGACAUCGGCCGCACCCUGGAGUUCCUUGAGACACAAGGUGUGUGUGUCGCAACUUAUGGUGAAUCUAAAGAUUUCCCAGCAUUCUUCACUCCAAACAGUGGAUUCACCUCUGUGUGUAAUGUCCGCAAUCCUAGUGAGGCUGCAGAACUUAUUGCAGGCACGUUGUCCCUGGGUCUUCAAAGUGGCCUCCUGAUAGCAGUCCCCAUCCCAGAGGAGCAUGCAGCUGCUGGCCAUCAGAUACAGGAAGCCAUUCAAACUGCAGUGACUGCAGUCAGUUCUGAAGGUAUCACAGGCAGAGAUGUAACGCCGUUCAUUCUUCAAAAGGUCAACGAGUUGACUCAAGGAAAGUCCCUCCAGGCCAACAUUGCUCUCAUUCACAACAAUGCUAAAGUCGGCAGUCAGAUAGCCUGUGCUUUGUCGAAGCAGAUGGGUGAACAAAGAUCAAAAAGUCAAGCUCAGCAUCCUGGAAAACCCCCAAACGACUCAGAAGUUGUUGUUAUAGGAGGAAUAAAUGUUGAUUUUAUUGCCAAAGGCAAAACAAAAACACUUCAGUUUGGACAGACAAACCCAGGAAGCGUCUGUCAGUCGUUUGGGGGCGUGGGACGGAACAUCGCUGACUCUCUGAGCAGGUUAGAAAAGACGCCUCUGCUCAUCUCCGCCACUGGAGCCGAUGCAAACAGCGAUGCAGUUUUUAACCACUGUAAACACAUGAACACAAGCGGUGUGGCCAGACUGGGAAAGCAGAACACAGCAACAUACUGCGCUGUUAUCACUGACAAUGGGGAACUGAGUCUUGGCUUGGGAGACAUGGACAUUCAUCAGCAAAUUACAGAACACUAUGUUUCACAGUUUGAAAAACAGAUUUCAUCCGCCACACUUGUGUGUCUUGAUGGAAACAUCCCCGUCUCCACCAUCAACUAUGUCUGUUCUCUUGCUGGGAAGCACAACUUCAACAUUUGGUACGAACCAACAGAUGCAGAAAAGGCUUGCAAGCCUUUCCUAUCAGAUGCUUGGAAGUCUUUGUCCUAUUCGUCUCCAAACCUGGCAGAACUGAGCACAAUGAACAAAACUCUGGGUCUCACGGUUCCUGGAGGUAACCUUUUAUCUUUAGCCAGCAUUAAAAGUUGUAGAUGUUGCCCUUCUUUACGUUUGCCUGUCUUGCGAACGACAAAACUCCCUCAGUUCCCACGCCGGUCACAGCUAAGAAUUUUUGUGAAGAAGGCACAUUAUCUGAUGGUAGGUAAGGUUGUGGUUGAUUUCGUGCCAGAGCUGCCUACCUCUCUUGAUGAGAUCCUGAGGGUUGCUGUGGCUCUCUCACGCCCUCUUCUGGAGUAUCUUCACUGUCUGGUGGUGACUCUCGGGCCUGAUGGUGUGCUGCUGUGUGGCAGGCACGAAGCAGGCUCAGUCGACCUGCAGCCAAGGAAACAAAAAAAUAAGCGGCAGCUUUGUGCGUUACACUACCCUGCAUUGACCGUGACGCCAGAGGAGACAAUGAAUGUGUCAGGAGCAGGAGACAGUUUUGCAGGUGCUUUAAUGGCAGGGAUUCUUCAGAGAAAAGACACAGACAGCUGCGUUCGGAUGGGCCUCCUGGCUGCGAGGAUGUCCCUGGCAUCACCACAUCCCGUCUCACCAGCACUCACCUUAGACUCUGUGGAUCCCAGCAAAGUCCAGGCACCAAAGUGGCCCACGCCUGGCUUUUUUUGGCUCGAUUGAUAUUUAAAUUCCAGAGUUUCCGUCGUGUUUUUUCAUGUCUCACAAUUAUUCUUCAAGGAACGGUUCUAACUUUUGACCAGAGAACCUGUCUCUCAACGCUUUUUCAUCCAAAUGUGUGUGUUACCUUUUUAUUAUGCUAUAAUAAAACCCUUGAAGUUCCUUUAACUGAAUUUUACUUUCUUAUUUUUAACUUUGUUAUCUCACAAUUUCAAGUUUGGUUUCUGAUAAUAUUAACUUUUAGGGCAUUUGUAUACAUAUCAUGCACUUGUUUGGAAGGCAGGCCAGAAAAAAUUACUUUUUCAACCUACCAAUAGGAAUCACAUGACUAUAUAACACAGUUUGUUAAACUCAUUUGGGACUUUGGCAGGAAGAUCUGUGCUUUGCAGAAAAUAUGAGGAUUGAUAUUUUUCAGCAACAAACACUCCAGGCAUUUCAGAUGUUAAACAAAGGAGGAGACUGAAUUUUUUUUAAAUUAAGUAAGGGUUACAUGAAACUUUCUGUUUCA